AUGUCAGGCAAAGAAGACGAGAAGAAGCAAGUGGAGAAGAAGGAUGCUGAUGCCACUCCAAACUCUAUAGAACAAUUACUCCAACUUUUAGCUUUGGGUAAAGAAUUAACUCCCUCUCAACAGAAAGAAAUGAAAGAUUAUAAGUUCUGGAAAACUCAACCUGUUCCACGUUUAGAUGAACAAGUCGUAUCUGAAGGUCCAAUUGACAGUACUAAAACCCCAGAAGAUAUUCCAGAUAAGCCAUUACCUUUGAUUAAGGAUUUUGAAUGGUGUACUAUUGACAUUGAAGAUGAUGGACAAUUGGAUGAAUUAUAUAAGUUAUUAUAUGAUCAUUAUGUCGAAGAUUCUGAUGCUACUUUUAGAUUCAAAUAUUCCCAUGAAUUCUUUAAAUGGGCACUUAAACCACCUGGAUGGCGUAAAGAAUGGCAUACUGGUGUUAGGGUUAAAGAAACUGGGAAAUUGGUUGCUUUUAUUGCUGCUACUCCAUGUACUAUCAAAUUAAAUAAAUCAAAUAAAGUAAUUGAUUCAGUUGAAAUCAACUUCUUAUGCAUUCAUAAGAAAUUGAGAAAUAAAAGAUUGGCUCCAGUCAUGAUUAAAGAAAUAACUCGUCGUGUUAAUAAACAAAAUAUUUGGCAAGCUUUAUAUACUGGUGGUACUGUUUUACCAACUCCUUUGGCACAAUGUAGAUAUCAACAUAGACCAAUAAAUUGGUCAAAACUUCAUGAUGUUGGUUUUAGUCAUUUACCUACAAACCAAACUAAAGCAGGUAUGAUUGCCCAUUAUGCUUUACCUAAUCAACCUAAGAUUACUGGUUUAAGACCAAUGGAAUUAAAAGAUGUCAAACCAGUUUUGGAAUUAUUAUAUAAAUAUCAAGCAAGAUUUGAUAUUGUUCAACAAUUUACUGAAGAAGAAUUCAAGCAUUGGAUGUUGGGUGAUACUGACAACACUUCAAAUGUCAUAAAAUCUUAUGUGGUUGAGGAUUCCAAUGGAAAUAUUACUGAUUUCUUUUCAUAUUAUUUGUUACCAUUUACUGUAUUGGAUAAUACUCAUCAUGAUGAAUUAGGUAUUGCAUAUUUAUUCUACUAUGCUACCGAUUCAUUUGACACUCCAGAGAAAUAUAAACCAAGAUUAAACACAUUAAUGACUGAUGCUUUAAUCACAGCAAAAGAAUUCAAUGUUGAUGUUUUCAAUUGUUUAACUGCUCAAGAUAAUACUUAUUUCUUAAAAGAUAAUAAGUUUGGUAGUGGAGAUGGAUACUUGAAUUACUAUUUGUUUAACUAUAGAACAUUUCCUAUGCAUGGUGGUAUAGAUCCAGAGACUAAGGUUGUUUCCGAAGAUCAAACCAGUGGUAUUGGUGUUGUCUUGUUAUAA